UUUGGGAUUGAAAGAAACUGUCCUGCAAUUUCUCCGUGGAAUUUGAUGAACUGGGUCAGAAUCCUUAUUGUUCUUUUCAAGACUUGACUAUUUGAACUACGAAUUAAUAAUUCUAGAAAGAAAUAAGAGGGGGGGUUAUUCUGGUGGUGGUGGUGGUGGCGGCGGUGGUUGGGGGAAGGCGAUGGUCAAGGGUGUUAGAUGAACAAAAAAAAAAGGGAAUGGAUUGAAUUUCAAUACCAGCUAUAUAUGUUGUGCUCCUAAUUUCUCUGGUUUUCGCUUAUUUUUCUAGGAAUAAGCCUCCAAUGGAUAUGAGUCAAUGAGCUGUUGUAGACUUUUGAGAUGGACGAAGAAAAUAGAACAAGGGGUGGGGUCGCCGGUUGUACUCGGAAGGCGUUUUUCCGGUCGGCGUCUUGGACUGACCGAUCGCCGUCAAAGCCCCAUCAUAGUCGGAGCUUAGUGCCUAAUAGUAAUAAAGCUCGAUCAUGUCUGCCGCCGCUGCAGCCGCUUUCAAUCAGCCGCCGGGAAGUUGAGGAGUGGCCACGACCGGGUUCUGAUGAUCUUGGCGUUUGGCCAAACCCAGAAACUCCGAGAGAGAUUGUUCAUAAUAAGUCGUCUCAGAAUUCUGAAUGUGAACAGCCUGUGAGGGAAUUUCAGUUUAAGAAGGAUAAACUUGCGUUCUUCGAUAAGGAAUGUUCGAAGAUUCUGGAUCAUGUGUAUUUAGGGAGUGAUUCUGUGGCCAAGAAUCAACAAGUUUUGAGGCAGAAUAGGAUCACACAUGUGCUGAAUUGUGUUGGGUUUGUCUGUCCUGAGUACUUCAAGGGUGAAUUUGUGUACAGAACUCUUUGGUUGCAAGAUAAUCCCUCUGAGGAUAUUACAAGUAUUCUCUACAAUGUGUUUGAUUACUUUGAAGAUGUUCGAGAGCAAGGCAGUCGGGUUUUUGUGCAUUGUUGCCAAGGCGUAUCUCGGUCUACCUCUCUUGUGAUUGCAUACCUCAUGUGGAAGGAAGGAUGGAGUUUUCAAGAUGCUUUUCAAUAUGUAAAGGCUGCUCGAGGGGUGGCUAAUCCGAACUUGGGUUUCGCCAUUCAAUUAUUGCAGUGCCAGAAGCGGGUUCAUGCUGUGCCUGCUAGCCCGAAUUCGAUCUUGAGGAUGUAUAGGAUGGCUCCACAUUCGUCGUAUGAUCCGCUUCAUCUUGUACCCAAGAUGUUGAACACUCCAAGUGUUCAAGGACUUGAUUCUCGUGGGGCAUUUGUUGUGCACAUUCCUUCAGCUAUCUAUGUCUGGAAGGGGGAGAA